AUGGAGAUAGCGAAAUCGAAAGGGCCUAAUGAACUAUUAACAUGGGAAGAUAUCGAAAAAAUGAAGUAUUCAUGGAACGUAGCUCGUGAAUCGCUUAGGUUAACUCCACCUGCACAAGGGGCAUUUCGGGAGACCAUAACCGAGUUCACCUACGCUGGCUUCACCGUUCCGAAAGGAUGGAAGACAUUUUGGACGGUUCAUUCGACACACAAGAAUCCAAAGUACUUUCCGGAACCGGAGAAGUUUGAUCCGAAGAGGUUCGAGGGGACGGGGCCCGCUCCUUACACGUUUGUCCCGUUCGGAGGGGGCCCACGAAUGUGUCCCGGGAAAGAGUACGCUAGGCUAGAAGUGUUGGUUUUCAUGCACAAUGUUGUAACAAGAUUCAAACUCGAGAAGGCGAUUCCAAACGAGAAGAUUGUGUUUCAUGCUUCACCGACACCGGCUCAUGGCCUACCUGUUCAUCUCCAUCCACAUGAAAAAUGA